CAACUUAAAUUGGAUAACUCACGUAUCCUGGACAUCCACUACCCGGCCAACAAAGUCAUCGCUCUUCUGCUCCAUAACGACUAUGUCUCCACUGCACUCUCUAUCCUUGCAACGCACACAAUCAAGCCACUCGAAAAUUUUGAUCCCUGUGCCGCCGUCCACCUCCGUGCCAAAGAAUUUGUAGACCUCUCUGAAGAUGCUCGUCAACAAAAAAUGACCGAAAUCCACAAAAACCGCCUGUUGAAAGUUUUAGCCUUCUUGCGCCCCACGAUCCGCCCUGCAGUUGCCCGCCAAUUUGUUACUAACCAAUGGUUGACAUAUGAACAGAUCCACGAUGACCCAUCAACAAGACCGAUCCCCCACGAUACCAUACUGAAAAUGACACUCUGGAAUGCUAAUGGAUGUGCCCGCCACACCAUUCAAGCAAUACUCGAUUCUAUUCCAUCCACCCACCUCCUCUUUUUGACAGAAACAUGGCUUCUAUCCCCUCUGCGCUUCCUAACCAACUGGACACAAUAUCACACGUACGCAACGCCAGUAGCAAAUACUUUCCGCGGUGAAAUGGGAGUCAGCCUACUUGUCAAUCCCAACUGUCCAUAUCCAGUUACACAUUUCCCAUCAGCCUCCAAAUACGUACUAUCCUGCCAAGUCAGGACCUAUCUCAUCCAUUGCGUAUAUCUACCUCCAGCCUUGCCCGACCAAGAAGCCAUCGAGAUUCUGCACACUUUGCCAACCCAGACUCAUGUUUCGCAAACUAACACCAUCAUUUGCGGCGAUCUUAAUGCUCGUCACCGAUCACUACUUGGUGAUACUCGCACUACCCCGAGAGGUUCUUUGAUGCAUGAUUGGAUUGUUGAGCAUGGACUCACAUGCUGGAACUCACUACUUGCCUAUGGCAUCCCAACCUAUCACUCCCACACCUGCACCAACUCAACCACCGGCGAAUAUUUCCAUAGUGUGAUUGAUCUCUUUAUCAGCACCAACGUGCUCCAUAACCCACGAUUAGUGGUCCAUGACGAUCUUUCCCUCGGGUCCGACUAUAGUCCCAUUUCGCUUCAUUGUCUCCUACCUAGACCGACUGAAAAUGACCAGCAUCCCCGGAUUCUUUGGAAUUUGAGUCGAUUAGCUGAGCCUGAUUGCACAUACUCCUCCAUCAUCAAGCAAACACUGCGGCCACUCCGCACCGUUUUGAAUAACCUGACC